AUGUGUGGGCGAUAUGCUUUGGGUGUGCGCUUGGCAUACAUCCAACAACAGCUGCAAGAUCAGGGCAUGCAAGUAGAUGAAGCACCCGAUGAUGAUGAAGUCAGAGAGACAUAUAACUUUGCACCCGGCAAUUUCGGCGCCGUCUAUCGCGCUGAUGUCUCCGAGAAAGGGCGCUCUGAUGUUAGACAAGAUGCUGAUAGCGAGCGCCAAACCGGAGAUUCAGAAAAGGGAAAAGAAGAUGAUAGCUUAAAAGCCAAGGCGUCAGAAGAUGCAGUCAUCAAAUACAAGAUUCAGAGCAUGAAAUGGGGCCUUAUCCCAUUCUGGACGAAGCGACAGCCAGAUUACGGAUCCAUGAUGCGUACGAUCAACUGUCGUGAUGAUUCAUUGAUUGAAGAUACUGGGAUGUGGACUACCAUGAAACGACGAAAGAGGUGCAUUGUCGUCUGCCAGGGCUUCUAUGAGUGGUUGAAGAAGGGGCCUGGGGGAAAAGAGAAGGUUCCGCAUUUUGUCCGUCGCAAAGACGGGGAGCUGAUGUACUUCGCUGGACUAUGGGACUGUGUUUCCUAUGAAGGCUCUGAUGAGAAGCUUUACACCUACACUGUCAUCACGACAUCUUCCAACGCCUACUUGAAGUUCCUGCAUGAGCGUAUGCCAGUCAUUCUGGACCCAGGGACCGAGGCAAUGCGUAAAUGGCUAGAUCCAAGCCAAAAGACCUGGUCCAGGGAGCUUCAAUCGAUUCUCAAACCAUACGAGGGUGAACUGGAGUGCUAUCCAGUCCCCAAGGAGGUCGGCAAAGUUGGAAAUAACUCCCCGAACUUUAUUGUUCCUGUCGACAGCAAGGAGAAUAAGAGUAACAUCGCAAAUUUCUUUGCUAAUGCGAAAAAGAAGGAGAAAUCAGACCCCUCACCAAAGGAGGAGCUUACGUCGCCGAAAGUGGACAUGGUUCAAGACGAGCAGCGCGAUACCAAAGAUUCGGAAUGGAGUGAAGACAAUGCUCCUAAACCGGUGCCAGCUGUUAAGAGGGAACAUAAUCCAGAUACCCCUACCAUCUCAGAUCAAAGCAAGAAACGAAAAGUUGAUGCAAAUUCAAUUGCGCCAUCGCCGCAAAAGAAAAAGUUGCGCAGUGCUACGCACAAUAGCCCCAUGAAGAAGUCCAGUGGUGCGAAGACAGCUGAUGGCUCUCAACGAAUUACGAACUUUUUCAAAAAGUGA